AUGCUGUCAGAACCGCGGCGGCUGUCGGCCCAGCAGCUAUACAAAGUCCACCCCGGUGGCGCUGACACGGUCGAUGACUCCGAGGACAGGGACAACGACUUUAUCGCAACCAACACAGACUUUGUUCACGAAGAAACCACCAACGCCGCCCAAACAAUCUCCAAGUGGUGGCGCGUUCGGAAGCUGCACAACCGCAUCAAGACCAAGUGGACACCUGAACACUUGCGCAAGCUGAAAGAGCAGCAGCGGCGAGUGCGCAUCCAACUCCGCAUUCGAGAAAUCGCCCUCUACAUUGUGUACUUGCUCUUCCUGAACGACUACGUCCUCGCCCAGUACUCGGACUCGAGUCUGUACUACUUUAAUGCCAACCUCAAACGAAUAUUUAUGACGUCCAGUCGUCCCACGGAUUCAAACGCGACGCAGUUUCAAGCGAUAUCGACGAUCCCGCAAGUGUAUCAGUGGCUGCAAGGCCCCUUCUACGAAGCGCUCUACUCGGAGAAGGAUCCCGUUACCGGCGACUACACCAUCCUGCAGUAUGGUCAAGUCGUGGGGGGCAUCAGCAUCGGUCAGCUCCGGGUGCUCCCACAAGAGUGCACAUCCAAGCUGCCCCCUCAAGCUGGCAGCGACAAGAUGUAUUGGUGCUAUGGAACCAAGUCGGGGCAUUUCGACGAGUCUGUCGAGAGCACUGUGCCGUUUGGAGCGGGCAAUGGAUCCAACUUUAUGUGGGACUCUGCGUCUGAGGACUCGAACAUUUCAGACACCCGGCGGGCAUUCUUCUCCAGCUACACAGGAGCGACGUCGGCCGUGUACCCCGCGCCGGCGUUCCGCGUCGUGCUGCCCCACACGGACGCCAUCGAGACGAAGGCCCUCCUUGCGUCGAUCGAGUCGAACAGAUACAUGGACUUCCAAACCCGAGCCGUGUUUGUCGACUUGACCGUGUUCAACGUCAUGCUGAGCUCCGUGGUGGUUCUCCGGUUUGCGUUUGAAGUGCCGCCGUCGGGAGGGGUCGUCCCGACGUCGGACAGCGUCGUCGCACCGUACGUGGACACGUCAUUCAAUUUUCUCACGCACUACUCGAUGGUUGUCGUCGCCGUCUUUUUCGUGCUCUACUUUCUGCUGCUUCUCCGAGCGACACGAAAGGAAGGAUGGCCCGUGUAUCGACGGCUCGAAACGUGGGUCCAGAUUGCCAACUCGAUCGCGUACGCCGUGAUGUGGCUCUUGCGCGCGUGCGCGGGCCUGGACUUCCCCAACAUCCACAUCGCCAGCACGUCGCCGGGCAACUUUCGAUCGUACGCGUUCAUGUACAAUAUCAGCAUGCGGCUCGCGGCGACCGUGUGCUUCCUCAGCUACGUCCGGCUCGUCCUGUACCUCGACCUCCUGCCCCACGUGAACCUGGUCGUGCGGACGAUGGCACUUUCCGUGACCCAGGUCUCGAGCUUCCUGUUUGUGUUUGGCCUGGUCGUGUACGCCUACGCAACGUGCUACUGCGUCGUGUUCGGGUCGUCCGUCGAAGGGUUCAGCACCGUUUCGCGGAGCUACACGGCGCUGCUCCAGUCCCUCAUUGGCAAUCUCGACUAUGCCCCGUUGGAGGAAACGAGCCCAGUCAUGGCGAUGCUGCUCUUUGUCGCGUUCACGCUAGUCGCCGUGUUUGUCGUGGCGCACAUCGUGAUCGCCAUGAUCAUCGACGCGUACUGGGCAAGCAAAGACUCGAUGCAAUGGGACCACGUCAACUUGGUCGGUGAAACUCUCGCGUAUGUGUGGGCCAUCGGAACGGAUCUUGUGAAUCGAAUCGGCCAUGUCUGCGGUGUCGCGUUUGUCAUGGACGAUGCGUUGGAUGCGGCGCCGCACCCGGAUGCGUUGGCCCCGCUUCGCCCGCGACGCAUGGACGUUAAAGCGGGUGGCCACCGCUUGUCGGCGGUGCAAAAGUUGGUGGUGCGGCCGCUCGCGGCCACCCAUGCCAAACUCGAACAGCUCGGGCACUCGUUGACCCAGUACCAGGUCGUGCGCACGGGCGUCGACGGGAUUCGACGUGGGACAAACAUGGUCGUGGCCAAGUCGAGCCAACUCACAGACCGGCUCAACUCGUUCCGAGACGACACCCCCACCUCGUUCAAUCAAAGCUCGAAACGCUUUCUGAAUGGAGGGCCAGGCACCAACGCAGCGGCGAGCGACGCCCAAAUGAAAGUCCUCCAAGGAAUGAUUAUUCAACUCGCCCAUCAAAACACAAAGAUCCAGCAAACUCUUGUCAUGCUCCAGACACAAGUGUCCGAGCUCAUGGAAGGGUCGAAAGGCGACGACGACCUGCGGCAGGACGACCCGUCCGAUCCAUCGUAG